UGAGCUAGGAUCGUAUUAGAGUGAAUUGCUCAUUAGCAAGUAGUGCUAAAACACAGUUAGCUAGCUAAGUAGUUAGGGAUUGUUGAGCCGGAAUAGUAUCAUCCAGGUACUUUUGAGUUUCAGUCAGUGAUCUGAUCUAUGGCACACGAUCAAGAAAUUCAGCUAAUGAUAAAAGAUACUCCCGGACAGGAGGAAUCCUGCCAUGGCGAAAUCUGCAAGGGGCAAGCUGCGCUUGGGCCGCCGAUCGCGAGGAGAAGAGGCGUUCGACGAUGUCGGUGGGUGCCAGUGAUGGUGGACAUGCUGAUGCUGCUCGUCGGGGAGGCAAUGGCGCCUCUCCUCACCCGCCUCUACUACAACUCCGGCGGCAACAGCCUAUGGAUGGUCACGCUCGCGCAGUCCGCCGGAGCGCCGCUGCUGGUCAUCCCCUUCCUCCUCACGCCGCGGGCCGCCGCCGUCGGGGAGCCUCGGCCGGCGCCGGCGGCAUCCAAGAUGGUCGCCAUCUGCGUGGCCCUCGGGCUCGUCGUCGGCUGCGACAACCUCAUGUACUCGUACGCCAUGCUGUACCUGCCGGUGUCCACGUUCUCGCUCCUCGCCGCGACGCAGCUGGCGUUCAACGCGGUCACGUCGCGCCUCAUCAACGCGCAGCGGUUCACGCCGCUCGUCGUCAACUCCGUCGUCGUGCUCACCUUCUCCGCCGCGCUGCUCGGCGUCGACGACCCCUCCUCCUCCGUCGGCGGCGGCGCCGGCGGCGACGCCGUUCAGCGUGGCAAGCACGCCGCCGGCGUCGUCCUCACCCUGUCCGCGUCCGCCGUCUACGCGCUCAUCCUGUCCCUGUUCGAGGCCACCUUCGACAAGGUGAUCGGAGCAGCGACGCCGCGGUGGGUGCUCAAGAUGCAGAUCUCCACGAACGCGGUGGCCGCGACGGUGUCGGCGACGGCGCUGUUCGCGUCGGGGGAGUGGAGGACGAUCGGCGGCGAGAUGGCGGCGUUCAAGGGCGGGAAGGCGGCGUACGCGGCGACCGUGGUGGGGGUCGCCGUGGGGUGGCAGGCGGCGACGCUGGGCGCCGUGAGGCUGAUCGCGAGGGUGUCGUCGCUGUUCGCGAACGUGACGGGCACCCUGGCGCUGCCGAUGGUGCCGGUGCUGGCGGUGGCGCUGUUCGGGGACAAGAUGACGGGCACCAAGGUGGUAGCCAUGCUCAUGGCCGUGUGGGGGUUUCUCUCGUACGUGUACCAGCACUACCUCGACGGCCGGCGAGCGGCGGCGCGAGAGGGGAGGGUGCAUGCGGCGGCUGGCUGUGGCAUCUGCACAGAUCAAAUGAAUUAUUCUUAG